CAUCGCCGCUGUGAUUAUGACCAGCUAUUUAGUGCAGGCACCACGCGCGUGCGUUUCCUCUAGAUAACCCCGUAAUAGUUACUAGACCCUGCAGUCCAUGUACCCCUCUUAACUAAUAACUAAUUCCUCUCAUGGGGGUUAUCUAAUCGUCGCUUGCUUCCUGAUCCUAUCCUCACACGCGCCCCAGUAUUCGAAAGCGUAUUGCGCUGCAGCAUCCGAUGAGCACUGUCGCAUAGCUCGACAUGGGCUUGCCGGCUCUGGAGUCUACGCGGGGAGAAUGGCCCUCAGCCGUCGACACAUUAUUCUAGCUGGACUCAGCGGUUUUAUUUCUUGGGGUCUGGUCGUCCAGUGGUUACCCAUUGUCCGAUGGCUGGGCUACGCGUUCGCCUUCGGGGUCGUCCUCACCUCCGUCUCGCUGUUGAUUCUGGUCAUCUCCACGACAAGGGGACCGAAUGGGGCGUCAAACCGACGGCAUGCAGUCCUCGCGCCCCUGUCGCUACUUGCUCCAGGUCACUGGGAGAAAGGAGUCGAGAAUAUCCGACAGAGCUCCGUCUAUAAACCACCCUCGCUUUACCCCGACUCGUUCGUCGUUUCGGAAGCUAUCGACCAACUCCUGGCCUUUGCCUCCCGCGAUUUCAUUUCGACGUGGUAUCGAAACGUCAGCCCGAAUCCAGUGUUUGUCAAUGAGGUGGACAGGGCGAUAAGGGUGGCUCUUGGGAAUCUGCGUGAUCGACUGACGAGGGAAGACCUGGUUUCGGUGGCGGUGUCACGAAUCGUACCCAUCUUGACGACGCAUCUCAGAGAGUUCGAUAUAGCAGAGAAAUCAGUACGUGGAAGGAACCUGUCGCGAAAUGUGACUGAGUCGGAAGAACUGGACCUGGCGAUUGCAAGCAAGUACCGCGAAGGGAGGCUGCAUCCAGCCGCAACGGUCCAUUUCUCAGAUCAGAAGCUGGUCCAGCAGGACUAUAUACGCAAAGUGGUCGUCCGUCUGCUCCCGCAACUACUGCCAGACAGUCUCAUCAACAGCCGUGCCGUCUCCAUUUUGAUAAGGGAAAUUGCAACCUGUGCUGUGUUUCUACCUGCGCUGACGGUGCUAUCGGAUCCAGACACCUGGAAUCAACUAAUAGAAGCUUAUGGACGGGCCGCCAUACAAGACCGGAAGACCGUGCAGAAACUGCGUGCAGCACUCGAUGAGCAUGCGGCGCCGCUAUCGAAAUCAAAACAUACACAGUCAUUUCCCAGAUUGGCACCCAAUGAUUCAGAACGGUCGUUCGAGAGAUUUAUCAGAGCAAUCAGACGGUGCAAUAAUAUCUCUGAUGCGAGGAGAUUCCGCGCUCAUGUUGCGAGCCAGCUUAAAAAAGCAAGCUUAGUCGAUGGACAGGACCAGGUCUAUCUUCGACGCCUGGAAACAGGAAAACGAAUCUUGGAUCAAAAGGUGGCUAGCAUGUCUGCCGUAGGCGGAUCGCCGCCUAACAUAGCUGCCCCUGCUGAGAUACCCCGUACCGGCUCUCCACGGCCUCAGGACGUUUCCUUGAUUGAUAUCAUGCACAGUGCAGCAGGGCUGUCCUAUUUCAUGGAAUUUAUGGAUCGGCACCAUAUGAUGUCCCUGGUCCAAUUCUGGGUAGUUGUCGAUGGGUUCCGCAGUCCGCUGGAAGACGACUUUGGAGACGAGACAUCCUCGAUCGCGAUCACCUGGACUUCUGCGGACAGAAAUGACAUCGCUGUCAUCAGCGAAACGUAUUUGUCGAGGCCAGAACUUAAGGUGCCAGAGGAGAACCGUAAGCUCGUGAAGACUUUUCUGGCAGCAGGGAAGAAAGCGACUCCGGAGCAGUAUCGCAAGGCUCGCACGGUAAUUCUGUGUACGCAGUCGGCUGUCCUGGAAGAGAUGGAGAACAUAUACUUCCCCAAGUUCAAACAAUCCGAUCUCUACUAUAAGUAUCUUGCAUCCGAUGAAGCAGCCUCAAACACCCUUUCUCAAAGUGCUCCUCCGCGCAACAUGACCGGUUCACCGGCAUCUGACACAUCGGCGCGGCGGCCUCUCCCUCCGCUAAGCAUGAGUCGAACCCCAUCCCAGACUGGUCCGAAAGCCAGGGAUUUGCGGAGGGCUGCUGUCUCAUCCACCGAUGUACGAAUUUCAGGGAAGCUAUUCGACGACGCUGAUGUCCCCAGGCGUUCCCUUGAUUCGGAAAAUUCCGUGCCAUUAUUCGAUGACGAUUACGACACUGAUCCUCUUGCGUUGUCUACCCAUAGCAUAGGCAAAGAUUCCCAGAAUGGGGAGAAUGAUGCCAAUCAGACUAGUGUCAUAGAGUCGAUGGAAGCUGCGUUGAACGAUAUCAUCACCAACCAGCCAGCACCGGGGAAGAAUGAUGACAACAAAUCUCCCGCGCAAGGCCGACCUGCUUCGUUAUUUUCCAGCGACAAGGACACUGACUCAACACGCCUGUCGUCCGAGUCUUCCCGGGCUGAGCAGAAUGCUCCUGGAAGAUUCAAGCCGAGCAUCGCUUCACUGGGCCUUAUCGGCCCAUCUUCCAGGCACGGCGUAUUCUCCGAUGAUAACCUGUUCGAGGAUGAACAAAAAUUCAUCGAAGAUGAAUAUGCAGACCCUGAAGAAAACGAAAAUGAGAAGGACCCUGCAGAUGAGAUACAUGAGGCAGCUCCGGGAGACCUUGGACUCGCAGAAGCAAUUUCAGCCCUGACAGAAGACAUCGACAAAUUAAUUGCCCAGGAAGCAGUAGUCGAUGCAUUAACCAGGAAGGCUGAGCUCACAAAUAAUACCGCGGAGCUCAGAAUCCUGGGGAAAUCUAAGUCGAGUAUCCACCGUGAGAUUCGCCGCAAGGAGUUACAGCGACAGCAGUACAUGAUCCAGGAAAGCGAUAAUAGUCUGUACGGUCGAGCAACCGUUAGAAUCAAGUCAAUUAUGGUUGGAAAGGAGGAGGAUGGCCGAGAGUUUGCAUUGUAUGUUAUCGAGGUACAAAGGAAGGCAGGAGAGCAGAUGCCAGCCGCAACGUGGGCCGUUGCUCGAAGAUAUAGUGAAUUUCACGAGCUUCACCAGAGAUUGCGUACGAGAUAUCCCUCCGUACGUCAUCUAGAGUUUCCUAGGAGAAGGGUCGUCAUGAAAUUGCAAAGAGAUUUUCUACAAAAAAGGCGAGCUGCUCUAGAAGUUUACUUGCAAAACCUUCUUCUGCUUCCAGAAGUUUGUCGAAGCCGUGAUCUUCGUGCAUUCCUCUCGCAGCAGAGCAUUGGGCAGCAAGGGGAAGCGCCCCGCGAGGAUGAUGCCAAAGACAUCGUAUCUCGCAUCUACAACUCGGUUGCGGAUGGGAUGGAUGACUUUCUUGGUAACAUUGCCGUAUUGGAUCAGCUUUCAGCAGCCGGACAGAGUCUCAUUUCUGCUGCUACUAGCCAGCUAAGCGCGUCAGAACCAGGUCUUGCCACGGAGGACACAUUGACUGCCGCAGAAGCGGAAGCGGAACUCAAUGCAUUUGAGAAUCGCGAACUCGAGCCUUUUAUCAAGCCGAUCUGCGACCUUUUCCUCGAGACAUUCGAACUCAACAAAGGUAACAACUGGUUGCGUGGACGGGCAGUCGUCGUUGUUCUCCAUCAGCUCCUAGGUGGCACGAUCGAAAGAAAAGUCCGUGAUAGUGCCAAGUCUCUCAUUCAAGACGACGCUCUGCUUCGCUACAUCACCAUGGUCAAAGAUACCAUGUGGCCUGAGGGCGUACUGCGCGGGCCGAAAGUGCGCACGCCAGCUGAAAAGUCUAGGAGUCGCACGGAGGCCAGUCUUGUGCUCGCAACACUCAUUCCAGAUCUGGCGGGCAAUGUCGUUGGUCGAGCAAACGCACAGGCAGCCUCCCGUAGGAUCUUUGCGACGUUGAAUAACCCACGACUAAACAUGCAUCUAGUAUUUACUAUCCUCGAUGAGAUCGUUAUGGUGCUAUUUGGAGGGGCCGACUCUGUACGGGCACGAUAGCACCUUUGAAUCGAGGCAUUCUUCUCACUUGUCUCACUACCCGCGUAAUGCUGAUGGCUAAUACUGAAUGAGUAUCGGAUGGAAAAGACGGUUUUCAACUUACUAGAUGGCGUUCGUUACGGGACUGGGGGUCCUUUGAAACAGUGUCUGGUUCUCAGCUUCUGUUUCCUUUCUUUCUUGCUAUUGUCGAUAUUACUUUUUGGGAGCGAUUCUUUAUACAAUAUUCCCCACGUAUGACAUGUUCAUAUUACAUUGCUAAAGUCUCGAGCAACGAUAUCCUUAUGUACUAUAUAGUUAGUAGCAGACGAUGCUACUUUAAUCAAAACCCAUUUUAGCUCAAGUGGGUAAUUUGCGAAAGGAUAAUGAUCACGUCUUUAUGCUCUGUAUCAUGGAGCAAUCAUGAGAGUGCACUACUACUCAUAAGAGUGACAUCAUGUAUAAACUGGUGGUUCCUAGCACCAGUAUUAAUUUGGCC